AUGCUGAGCACUCGUUUUCGUCCUACACUCACUCACCUGUUGUCAGUGAGGUUCUUGGGCUCGGCCACCCCCAGGAUGGUGGCCUCCAAGCAGCCUGACCUUCUGUCCACCACCCUGGCCUUUGAGGAUCCCAGAGCCUUCAAGGUGAAGAGUCUGAAUGAGCUGCUUCGUGCCCUCAGCAUCUUCCGUCUGUGCUCCUUCCCUGUGCUGGUUAACAACUGUGGAAAGCUGAUGUCCAUAGCGCGUACUCUCCUUGGGAGGAGGGGGUUCUCUCUGCUGCUGAGACCCACUGUAUACGCCCAGUUUGUGGCUGGAGAGAAUGAGACUGAGAUCUCUCAGUCCAUGGAGAAGAUGAGCUCGUUGGGGCUGAGGCCGAUGCUGGCUGUUCCUAUUGAGGAGGACCUGGGGGAGGGCACUGGAGAGAAGAGAUAUGAUGACAAUAUGGAGUCCAUGUUGGAAUGUGUGCGAAUGUCACACAGUAACGCCUGGAGUAAAGACCCCAUGAUGCAGCUGAAGAUAACGGCUCUGCUCAGUCCUGAGUUGUGUGUGAAACUCACAACUCUCAUCGCACAACAACCGUAUGAUCUGGAUCUACUCAUCAGAGCUAUGGAUGGAGAGUCAAUCAGCUUCCCUGGUUUAGAUGAAAAAGACAGCGCACACUUCUUCUGUGGUUUGCAGAGACUUAAUAAAAUUGGAGAGGCAAGUGUCAACAAGGUUCGAGUGCUGGUUGACGCAGAGUACACCUACAUGAACCCUGCCCUCUCCCUGGUAACCAUGGCGAUGAUGAAAAAAUUUAACAAAGAUAGUGCCUGGAUUUGGAACACGUAUCAGUGCUACCUCAAGGAGUCCAGGUCUCUUAUCUUAGAGGCCUUGAGUCUGUCUAAAAGCGAGGGCUUCUGUCUGGGGGUCAAGCUGGUGAGGGGGGCCUACAUGGACAAAGAGAGGAAGCUGGCAGAGAAGGAGGGUCGACUUGACCCCAUCCACAAAUCCUGGGAGGACACCAACGACAGUUACAACGGCUCACUCAACGUCAUGCUGGAAGCCAUCUCCCAAAACCCCGACCGCUUCAAGAUCAUAGUCGCUACACACAAUGAGGCAUCAGUUAGACAAACUGCCCAGAGGAUGGAGGAGUUGGGGAUAGACAAACAUGGAGGCUCGGUGUGUUUUGGACAGCUGCUGGGCAUGUGUGAUCACGUCUCCCUCACUCUGGCUAAAGAGGGUUAUGCUGUGUACAAGUCCGUUCCAUAUGGCACAGUGGACGACACACUCCCCUACCUGGUGCGUCGGGCUCAGGAGAACCGCACAGUACUGCAGGGAAUCCGGAAGGAGAGGGACCUACUGAGACAAGAGCUCCAAAGGAGAGUCCGCCAGAGGCUGAAGGGAGGAAGCUGAUGGACCCCGGGGACAAAGGAUAAAACAGAACAAAAAGGACAUGGACAUACAUGAUGACAGGAACAUAUGACAGGAAUACAUGAGGACAUGAUGUAGUAUCAGCAAACAAUAUGGAGUAGUGUUUGUCCAAGAUACCAGACAAAUGUUUGCUCAUCUAUGAAGCUAUACACUUUAUACAAGUUUAUAUAUUUUUGAGGACUUAAUAUAAAUUGAGUAGUUUGGAUAAAUGAGUCUUACUGUGUGCAUGUGACCUUGGAUGUAGACGGCUGUUAGUGAAAUAGUGCUAUAUGCUUUAUGUUUGAUGUACAAAAAUUGAUUUUAAAUAGAAUUCUUUUCAACAUA